UAUUAUUUAAAAUAUAAAAUAUAAAAAAUGCCUACGUAAAUAUAUGAAACUGUAAUGAGGGAAAAGCUCUAAAUGUGCAGAACUUGUAGUAAAAUUGGACCAAUUGAGAGUCAAGUGCGUUAGGAAUUACACACAAAUAUUAUUCUAUUUGAAAUCAUUCUUUAUUAACAUACAUUUUAGUUCAAAUUUGAAUCUUCGUCAGCAUAUCAAUAACCACAUCGUAUAAUUAUUUGUAACUUUGAGCUAAACCAUUAACGAACGAUACGUCUCCUAAAUAUAAAACUCUUCACGAGGUGAACCAGUGUACUUAUAUCUAUGAUGUAAGCUGCCUCGCAUCUCACGCAUCAUAUUUUCAUCAUCACCUCUCACCGCUCUUUCGCGAGUGUAUAUAUGUGUGUAAAUAUACGCAGAUACACGUGGCUGUAUAACAGGCCGUAGUAGGUGAAGCCAUACACCCACCUUCACAGGUGGUCCGUUUUUCAUUCACGCGGCGCGAGGAAUACAUCUUGGGAAUACAUCUGCUUCAUCCCAUAGUAGUCUUUCUAUCACGAUCAUGAGGACGUUGUUCGCAGUUCAUCCCGUGUCGCUAGUGCUUGUAUUCACGGUCAUUGCCAUUGGCGGCAAUUACACAGAUAUCAAUCUACCCCAUGAACACAUCAAGUAUUAUUUUAACUCUUUUCCCACGAUAGCAGAAAAAUGCCGCAACGAUGCGGCCUGUCCGUAUAAGAACGAACUGGACACCGAAGCCUGUUGGGGCUACGAGGAAGGCUGCAAAAUGAAAAAUCGUUUUUCCAUUCCAAUUUGUCCAGGUGAUCACAAAGGUUGGGUCGCUACAAAAAAGGCUCAAUUAGAGACAUAUUACGCACAAGGUGAUUUCGGAUACGUGCGCGAUCAGAGAAGAGAGAUGAUGUUAUUAUGCGAGCCAUUAUUCGUGGACGAUUCGUCCUUGGAGUGCACGGAGCAUAUGAGGUUUUGCAGAGCAAGAAAUGUGAUGCUAAAUUUUACAGAUUUGUUGAAUCGCAAGGAACCUAUACGAUAUAAAAUGGACGUUUUCAAAGAAGGUCAAAUUGGCGGUUAUUGCACGCUGAACGAAAGGAGAUUGCAGGAAAAUACAGAUCAUCUAAGCCCCUUGCAAUCUUGGGCACCAGAAUUGCGAAACUUUCGCAAAUUGAAUCAUCGGCCGAUCGUUCACGGUGACUGUAACGUUGUCAUCGAGAAACCAACCUUUAUCAUGAAAAUAGAUGCCAUAUUAAAUAUGUACCAUCAUUUUUGCGAUUUCUUCAACUUGUACGCAUCAUUGCACGUGAAUCUAUCGCACCCAUCCGUCUUUGACACAGACAAUCACAUCAUGAUAUGGGAAAGUUAUAGUUACCGUUCGGCGUUUCAAGAUACUUUCCAAGCAUUUACAAAUCCAUUAUGGGAUCUAAAAACAUUCAGAGGCAAGACAGUAUGUUUCAAGAACCUGGUGUUUCCCUUGUUGCCCCGAAUGAUUUUUGGACUGUUCUACAAUACACCAUUAAUUUAUGGCUGUGAAAAAUCCGGAUUGUUCAAAGCUUUCGGUGAUCAUGUCCUACAUCGACUUCAAAUACCUCUGCAUCAAAGGAAAGAUCGGAGGAUCCGCGUUACAUUGCUGAGUAGAGAGACUAAGUAUAGGACAAUUUUAAAUGAAGACGAAUUGUUGAAAGCUUUGAAGGAGAAUUCAGAGUAUAAAGUCAGAAAGGUGGUAUACAAUAAAAAUGUGCCAUUCAAAAAACAGUUGGAAAUUACUAGAAACACAGAUAUAUUUAUCGGUAUUCACGGCGCCGGAUUAACGCAUUUAAUGUUUCUACCAGAUUGGGCAGCGGUAUUCGAAAUAUAUAAUUGCGAAGAUCCAAAUUGCUAUAAAGAUCUUGCACGGCUAAGAGGCGUAGGCUAUUUUACAUGGAAAGAUACAUCAAAAUUAGUGCAGCAAGAUUCAGGAACGCAUCCUGACGGUGGAGCUCAUGCAAAAUUUACAAACUAUAGCUUCGAUGUUAAAGAAUUCUUGAGAAUUGUCGCCCUUGCAAGAAAUCAUGUAAAAUAUCAUAAUGCGUUUAACAAAUUUAUAAAUAAUAAUUUUCAUAAAAUGACACUAAGUGAAAUACAAAAUGACACUAAAACAACGGAUAAUAUAGAAUCGGUACAGCCUUCCAACGCAAAAGAAUCAAUUCAAUUGCAACAAAAGUCAAAUAUAUUAUCCAAAGAUGAAUUGUGAACAAAAUUUAGAUAAAUUAAAAAAAUUAAAUAUAUAAUAACACGUUGAGAGUGGUGCAAUCUGCAGUGUAAAAUGCAGUAAACUAUUUGUUAUUGAACAAAUUUUUUACUUAUUUUUUUAUACUAAUGUACAUACUUAUUUUAAUAAAUAAAUGCGCGAUUCUUCGAUAUGUCUGAGUUGCAUUUGGCAGUGUUUUCUCUUA